GACAUCAUUGUUUUGGAUGUAUUGUAGUUUCUGAAUGCUUGUGCCAGGGAUUGCAAAGGAGUGUAUAUCAGGAGCCAAGCCUGGAGGAGAUAAAGUUGUGCAUGAACAAGCUUUUCUUUAUCAUCCAGGGAACCUGCUUGCUGGGCUGCACUGGAAUGAAAACUCGAGCCGCCCUAUAGCCACUACACAAGAGGGUGCUGAGCGCUAUGCAGUACGCUACCCGAAGUAUAAAGCACGGGGCCAUGUGGUCAAGAAAAUCGCGACGGAGCCAACAUACCGUAGAGGCCACAAAACAUGUGUUAUGUUUUUGGACAUCGCAACUUGCCGUAGUUGUAAGCAAUGCAUGAUGGGAAUCCGGAUGUUGUGUCGUUGUAUUGAAGUGCGACUGAAAUAAAGACACGCUAAGAAAUAGCUCUGUGCCAUCUACUUAAUGGGUCGUAGACAAACUUACAAAUAAUAGGAACAUACAUAACAAGUGGCGACGAGGUGGUUUGAGGUCCCACGGGCGCGGUAUGUUUGGAUUGUGUGUGUGUGGUCAAGUUUUAUGAGUGGCGGUGAUUUACUGAAGAGAAGCUAACGCGGCUAGUUAGCAUUUGGCGCGUCACAGCCUGCGUCUGUUGUGAACAGCGCGAAAAAAAAAAAAAAAAAGAGAAGAGGAGACGCGUGACAUCGCCGGAGGGAGGACCCGUCUGAGGAGGAGGAAUUGUCAGAAGAUAUUGCUUAUAACCAAGAGCCUGAAAGGAAAAUGGCAGGAGUUGUUGGUAAUAUUGGCCCUUUUGAUGAGCACGUGGAACAGUGGAGUGCAUAUGCAGAACGUUUUGACUAUUUUGUAUUGGCAAAUGACAUUGCUAAUGAUAAAGUAGUACCCACAUUUUUGUCAGUGAUGGGUCCAAAGACAUAUAAUUUGUUGCGUGACCUGCUGCAGCCCACCAAACCGGGGACCAAAACCUAUGCAGAAACAGUGGAUGUUCUGACCCAACAUUUUUCACCCAAACCAUUAAUGCUUGCUGAGAGGUUUAGAUUCCACAGACGAAAUCAAGAAGAGGGAGAAUCUGUUACCAUGUUUGUUGCAGCGCUGAGGAAAUUAGCUGAGCAUUGUGAAUUUGGACAAGGUUUAAAUGAUGCAUUAAGAGACAGAUUGGUCCUCGGACUGAGAAAUGAAGCCGCUCAGAAAAAACUGCUGACUGAAAGUAACCCGACGUUGCAGAAAGUCAUUGAAAUCAGUGUCGCCAUGGAAAUGGCCUCAAAGGAGGCUCACCAAAUGAACGCUACAGGCGGAGUGCAUACAGUUCAAACGGAUAGACCUAGUGGACAAGGGACAUGUUUCCGUUGUGGAAAAUCAGGACACCUAGCCAUGUCAUGCUGGUGUAAGGAUAUGGACUGUCGCAGUUGUGGAAGAAGAGGCCAUAUCGAGCGGGCCUGCUUAAAAAAAAAGAACAAGGAGAAAACAUCAAAGUCUGCCAACAUACAUGACUCUGUGAAGAACAGGAGGAAAACACAGGUGCACACUGUGAGACAACGGGAGACUGUGUCCAGCGAUUCUUCGGAAGGAGAACAGGAGAUGAGUGUACACACACUGAAUAUAAUGAAGAUGGAUGAAGAUUCAGAGGGUUACUGGGUGGAGCCCAUGCUGGAGGGGCACCCAGUGAGUAUGCAAAUAGACACUGGUUCAAAAGCAUCCAUCAUCUCAGAGGGGGUCUACAAAAAAGUUUUGGGACACCUUACGCUGCGACCGUCUGAUACUAGGUUCAAAACCUAUCUAGGAGAACCUGUACCCAUGGCAGGAAUGACUGAUGUCGUGGUCCAGAGUAACAAUCAGGUGAGGAAGCUCCCCAUCUAUAUUGUUAAAGGUAAUUACCCGGCUAUUCUGGGACGUGUGUGGCUAGAGGAAAUGAAGCUAAGCUGGCACACUGUAAAAAUGGUAUCACCAACGGCUACUAGUCUAGCUGCUAUUUUGAGGAAACAUGAUGAGGUUUUCCGGAAGGAGUUGGGCAGUAUGAAGGACAUUACUGUUAAGCUAAACAUUAAACCGAAAACAACACCAAAGUUUAUGAAGGCCAGGUCUGUACCAUAUGCUAUUCGAUCAAAAGUGGGGGAUGAGUUGGACGCCUUAGUUAAAAGCGGUGUUUUGGAACCGGUGACUGUCAGUGAGUGGGCCACGCCCAUAGUUCCCGUACCCAAGAAAAUGGGAGAAAUACGAAUCUGUGGAGAUUUUAAGGUGACACUGAACCCUGUACUGUCAGCAGAGCAGUAUCCUCUUCCCCGCAUUGACGAUUUGUUUGCCGGGCUGAGUAAGGGGAAAAAGUUUAGCAAAAUAGACCUGAACCAAGCCUACUUACAGAUGCACGUUCAUGAGGAUUCUAAAGACUUGCUCACCAUAACUACGCAAAAGGGGCUUUUCAGAUAUUGUCGACUCCCUUUCGGGAUCACAUCAUCCCCUGCACUUUUCCAACGUGCCAUGGAUCAGAUCCUACAUGGCCUCCCUGGUGUACAGUGCUAUUUGGACGAUAUUCUGUGCACAGGAAGUACGGACCAAGAACAUCUGGACAAUUUGGAUGCUGCUCUUCAAAGGCUGAAAGAGUAUGGGCUCAGGGUUCGCAAAGACAAAUGCGAAUUUUUUCAACUGUCUGUUGAAUAUUUGGGACAUGUAAUUGAUGCCCGAGGGUUGCAUACUGCGCCGUCAAAGGUUAGAGCGAUAGUCGAUGCCCCGCCGCCAGAGAAUGUUAGCCUAUUACGUUCAUUCUUGGGCUUACUGAAUUAUUAUGGCCGCUUUAUACCGAACUUGUCAUCCAUGCUCAAGCCGCUACAUGACCUGCUUUGUCAAGGAAAGAAGUGGAAUUGGAGUGAUGCCUGUCAAGAGGUUUUUCAGAAAACAAAGGAGACAUUAGUGACAUCAGGGGUUCUGACCCAUUUUGAUCCAUCACUCCCCAUUCAGUUGGCCUGCGAUGCAUCCCCGUAUGGAGUGGGGGCGGUCAUUUCACAUUUAAUGCCGAACGGGGUAGAGAGGCCCAUAGCAUUUGCAUCACGGACCUUGAACAAAGCAGAGACUAACUAUGCUCAGAUAGAGCGGGAGGCGUUGAGCAUCGUCUAUGGGGUUCGCAAGUUCCAUCAGUACUUGUAUGGGAGACAGUUUACACUGCUGACGGAUCACCGACCCCUGACGACCAUCCUGGGGUCGCACACUGGGUUACCCUCACUUGCCGCGAGUCGCAUGCAGCGGUGGGCGUUGCUUCUGUCGGCUCACUCGUAUGACAUCAAGUAUCGCAAGGCCGACCUGCACGGCAAUGCCGAUGUACUGUCCAGGUUGCCUCUUCCUAUCACCAGGCCUGAGCCACGGGCAGCAGAAAUAUUUUACUUCAGUCAGGUGGAUGGUGCGCCAGUUUCUGCUGCUCAUGUGAGGAGGGCCUCUCGCACGGACCCUGUCCUGUCUGCGGUGAUGGACAUGGUGAUGGGGGGUAGAUCAGGUGGCGAUGCCCCCAGUAUUCAACCUUAUCUCUCCAGGAGAGCAGAACUGUCUGUGCAAUCUGGUUGCUUACUGUGGGGGAGGAGGGUGGUUAUUCCCCCAUCAUUGCGUAAAUCUGUUCUGCAGCAGCUCCAUGCAGGUCACAGUGGAAUAGUUCGAAUGAAGGAGAUAGCAAGGAGUUACUUCUGGUGGCCAGGAGUGGACAGAGAGAUAGAGACUACCGCCAAAACCUGUUCCUCAUGCCAAGAAGUUAGGAAGGCACCCCAACUAGCUCCUCUACAUCCCUGGGAGUUUCCCGAAGAACCAUGGCAACGGGUGCACAUUGAUUUUGCAGGACCUGUAGAGGGUUGUAUGCUCCUUGUGUGUGUGGACGCCCACAGUAAGUGGCCGGAAGUGGCCAUAAUGAAAACCACUACCACUACAAAGACGAUUGAGAGGCUGGGGGAGAUUUUCAGCCGGUUCGGUUCUCCUCUUCAGUUGGUCUCAGAUAACGGGCCACAACUGGUGUCACAAGAAAUGACUACCUUCCUUGAAGCAAAUGGCGUACAACACAUUCGAUCCGCAUCAUUUCACCCUGCGACCAACGGUCUGGCUGACAGGUUUGUGCAGACCAUGAAGAAAGCUUUAAAGACAUCUCAAGAGCAAGGAUCAUUUCAUCAGAGAUUGCAUAGAUUCCUGUUGAGCUAUAGGAAUACCCCCCAUGCCACUACUAAAGUUUCCCCCGCUUCUCUGAUGUUCAAAAGAAACCUUCGAACAAACUUUGACUUUCUGAAGCCGACAACGGUGAAGGAUAUUGUUCAGCAUCAACAGGAGAAACAGAUUCAACAAAGAAUGCAGAAGGCUAAAGAAAGAGUCUUCUUUCCGGAUGAGCCAGUGUUAGCAAGGAACUACAGUACUGGCCCCCGAUGGGUCCCUGCAACUAUAGUCAAGCAAUCUGGUCCUGUCUCUUACACCGUCAGUACUGCUGCUGGACUGGUAUGGAAAAGACACAUCAAUCAACUUCUUCAGGCGACAGCAGCGGCCCCCAACCAGCCGUCGGUGGAUACUCCGAACGAGUUAGAGUUCAGCGCACCCCAUCUCCUGCUGCCACCACCCCAAAGAACAAUGGAAUAUACUGGUGAGACUUCUGCUUUUGACUCUUCACUACAAGAUCCUGUGAUGGAUGUUCCAACACGCACGGCUGUUCCAGAGUCACCCAGCGGAGACCGUAAGACUGAACAUUCUGUUGAGCCCCGUUAUCCGGUAAGAGAACGCCGUCCUCCAGAACGCCUGAAUUUAUAGACUCUAUGUUUAGAGACCAACCCAAACCAACUGGGGCAGAAUAAUCCCCAUGGGUGUGGUCACGGGGUGAGGCCGUUUAACCUCAUCUCAGAGUUAUGUUGGGUAACUGUUACCAAACAAUGUAAAAAAAUAAAUAAAUAAAUAAAUAAAAAAAAUUGGUGAAGUGCCCAUGAUACAGUUGAGUUAUGGUGUUUUGCUAUAAGGAUUUUGUUGUUGGGGGGGGGAUUUUUUCUAAGGGGGGAGGAGAUGUUAUGUUUUUGGACAUCGCAACUUGCCGUAGUUGUAAGCAAUGCAUGAUGGGAAUCCGGAUGUUGUGUCGUUGUAUUGAAGUGCGACUGAAAUAAAGACACGCUAAGAAAUAG